GCAGCUUAAUAUUACAUGUGUCGUACGACAAGAUUGUCGGGCGUGUCGAUUGGUUGAUUGAUAGAAUUCUCCUAAGGUCCCAAACUUUUCCUUUAGAUAUCCCAGAAUUUCUUUAUUCGACAGCCAAUUGGGACGUCUGACGAGCUGGUCGUACGACACAUGUAAUAUUGGCCUAAGACGUGACUGUAGAAACGACAAGCAGUGAUUUCUUUUAUCAUAUUCUGGAAUAUUUACAUUAGAUAUACAUAUAGGAUGAAGCUACAUCAUCUGUGUUCAUUUGUUAUUGUUAAUCGUACUUUAUAUUUCACGGAAUAGGAUAUGAAUCUUACAAAGUGCUUUGUAUUUCAUCACUCUAUGUAUUGGAUGAAUAAGUGAUAGAUGCACUCUGCCUGCACACACUGAGUUAGUCAACAAACUUGAGGAUUUGCACAAAUGUUUGUACCCAAAAGCAGUAUUGAUGUCGUCGAAUUUUCUCGCACAAACACCUUCUACUGAAUUGUUCUUCAGAAAUGCAGAUGGAGAACAACUAACUCUGGAAGAGAGACGAAGCUCAAAUGCUGAUAACAUUAUAAAUUUUGCUUUGCAAAGCAAAAAAUGUCUUAAUGUCAACCUCUGUUUAGCAUUUUCCUGUGCAACUUUGUUUCUAUGGAUUGUAUCAGGGAUUUCAAUCCCAUUUGUCAUAUCAGCUUGUAUUGUAACAUUGCAAUAUAAAUCCUUUCUUGCUUCUAUCAAACAAGACACAUUACUGGUUGUAGAAUCAAUAGGCAUACAUAUUGAAAGUAAAAGAGUAUUUGGCAUCUUUACAUCUACAGAGUUCUUACUAUGGGACACGGUGGAGGAUAUAUUUAUUGGUGAAGUCAUAAAGGGGCAAAGGGUACUUUAUUGCCUUACUAUUAUUGUAAGAGAGUCGGUUGGCAGACAGGACUCCAGGAGAUUAGUUCCAUUGUUCCAAGAUUUGUUGCCCGAAAGAAAAUGCCUGGAAUACAUGUACAUACGUUUAGCCAACUUGAUUGGAUCGACCAAGAGAAGGAGUCCCUUUUAACUGUGCCUGGCUCUUACUGGUUAUGUAAUAAGAAGAAUAUAUACAAAUUCAUCUUUAAAUAUCAUCGUACAACAAAAAAUAGUACACAAUUUUUAUAUGGGAAGGAAUUGUUAAAGAUUAUUCGCAGGAUUAUAAAAUGUCAUCCAUCGCAGGGUCAGCAAUUUGGCACGCAGCAUCUCCUCGUCACUUAUAAUUGUACGUCGUGGACGCGCCAGGACAAGAUGUUCGCGAUACUCAAGUUCCAGCAACGAACCAGCGCUGCGGCAUUUUCACACGCAUUCGUAUUGACCAUAAAGAUCUGCUCCUCAUCAGAGGAGAAGUCAUUGUACGAUUUAAAAUAUCCAAUCGUUAAAGAGGUUAACGCUGGUGCUGAAUUAAAAGAUUCGAGUGACACUGCAGAUAACGAUGAGAAAGACGCGAAAACUGUGAUACAUACCAUUGACAAAGUGUCCUCAAGAAAGCUCAGAACAUGUCCAAGCAGGAGAAUUAAUCAGAUCCUAAAACACAGCGAGAAUAUGUUAAAUGAGACAUCAGAAGCGUCAGUCAAUUCCACUCUUCAAAAUAAUAUUAUGGAAAAAUCUGCUAAGCGUGAAAAACCAGACGGUAGAACUAAAAAUGCGACAACGUGUACCGUGACCAAAGAAGAUCUCACUGAUAAGUAUAAUACAGAACUUCAUGACAGCAUGUGUGUGAAUAAGUUAACGAAUGGUAACAGUAGAAGACCUGAAAAGGAGACGAAAUUAAAUCCUGCUGCUCACAGGCAGGAUCAAUUGAAAACUGCAAAAAGGAAGAAUGAGACUCAAGAAGUUGAGGAAAUAGAUGGUAAGAACAAAAAGACAAAACUCGCAGAGAUACAGAGACAACAUCAAGAAGCACCGAAAACCCUAAAAUAUCAGAUAUCAUUUUCGUCCAAGCCUUCUUCUACAAAGAUAAUAAAAGAUGAUUACAAUGUAGAUAAACGACUGUUGAAUAAAAGUAGUUCUGACGAAGACUCAGUGCGGCACGAUGUUGCCGAUGAUAAAAAUAAUUCAACUGACAACGAUAACAUCGGAGAGAGUAUUGUGGAUUCUAGCAAAGUAACGAAUCGAUAUCUUAUCAAGAAAGACAUAAAUAAUGCAGGUCAAUACCGGACGAGUGCGAGAUCGGCCUCGGCUCCGCCAGUUGUCGAUAAAUCGAUGCAAGGGAAUUCUCAGCAAGACACAUCCGAAGCGAACAACGCAAACGAAAACUUUGCGUCGAAGGUGGUGGAUGAGAAGGCCAAUGAGGAAUCUACGCAAAGAAAACAACAUGAUGAAAUAGACAAAUCGUCAGAUAAGCGGCUUGCACCGAUUUCGACUCGCGUUGUCGACGAUAGUGCACAAAGCAGUACGUACAGCAAAUCGUGCAGAGCACGCAAGCAAAGGAGCAGGGAGUUUUUCGAGAGAAGGACCGUGGCAGACGAUAAGGUAUUGCGUUCCUCCAACAUCACCGAUUUGGUGAUGGAAGGUCUGAUGUUCACCAUUCGACAAGAUCGGGACAGCGUGGCGGUGAUCGAGCAGAAGACCAAACUGGAGGUGGACGAGGUGCUGGAGAAUUCCGAGAAGGUCGAGACCGAGGCCGGGGAAAAGUGCCUAUUGAAUUCGAGCCUGCUGAGGUUGGAGAACCUAAUCACAAUGAUUGAUCCGCCACGUGAUAAGGACGAGCAGCACAGGGCUAACCAUAGCAUGAUCGGCAAUAGCACGCAUCCGUCGCCACCAAAUGUUAGCAAUACUGCGUGUCAUUUAAACAAUAUCGAUUAUGUAGAUGAAGCGACGAGCAAAUUAAGUAUCCCUAAUUAUGAGCGGUGCAGCUUGAUGGAUCAGUCGAGUUCACCUAGGUUCGGAUGGCAACAGCAACGAACUUGUUCUAUUGGCACGAAUAACGGCAACUACUCGGCGAACAGAAGUACGGAGAAACUAGAUCAGUCAGUGGACUGGGUUGAUGAUCAUGAGCGAGAUGAAGAAUAUAUGCAGCAAAACGAUAUUGAAAUGAUAAAUGAAGAAGAAAGAAAAUACAUUGAGGAGGUGGAGGACGAAGAGGAAGAUAUUAUUCCCGAGGUCUUUCGUUCCACAAUCUUUUCGGAGACAAACGCAAAUCCGCCGAAUACAGAAUUAUUGAUGGACGACAUGGACAUCGAAGACAUCGGUAAAUUCGAUGCGUCCAUGAAGAACCACGAUAAUUCACCGCCGACGUUUUGCCACUCUUUAAGUUCUAAUAAAGUACCUACGAGCGAAACUUUGUUGACCUCUGAGAAGACCAGGCCGACUAGUGUCCCGAGAGUGAUCUCAAACAAGGUGAUCACCGUCGAGCAAAUACCACUCGCGUUGCAAAAGAUUCUCCGACAUACGCGCGCGUUCUCUUUGGCAAAAGCUGCCUACAAGACUCCAAUUGCGCACAACGACAAAGAGGAAACGCAGAGUACGACGUCCACGGAGAGCGCAGCUUCCGAAACAAAUGCUCCGUCGAGUUCAGGUGAGUUUCAUGGGCAACAGCAACAUUCUGAUAUCACAAAUAACGAGAGCCAUUCGACGGACAAAAACCUAAUGGAAAAGAGGGAGCAAUCAAUGAAAUCGGAAAAUGACGAUCAUAAGCGAGAUAAAGAAUGCACAAAGAGCAUGAAAAAUGCUUCGUUGCAGAGAAGUCGCGACAUAGAUCCUAGUAUAGCGAACGAGUCCGCCAUCGAGGUCACAGACACUGACAAGACGAGGAACAAAGAUAAGGAAAUGAAGACAAGGAACGAAGACGAGGAAACAAAGACGAGGGACGAAGACAAAGAAACGAAGACAAGAAACGAAGACAAAGAAACGAAGACAAGAAACGAAGACAAAGAAACGAAGACAAGAAACGAAGACAAAAAAACGAAGACGAAGAAUGAACACAAAUCGCGCGUAAUGAUCGAUCUCGAAGAUAUCGCGGAGAGUAGGAACAGCGAUGCGAAAGAAGCGAUGAAAGAGAAGAAAAACGAGAUUCGUCGUAGUUCGCGAACUAAAACACGGACUAGACGUAACUCGCCUAGGAAGCUGCAGGAUAUCACGGACGAAUUCUACUACGACUUGAUGAUGCACAAAAAAGAUGACGCGAUUCACCAGCGAUGUCUCAGACAACGACACAGAACCUUGAACAGUUCAAAGGAUAUCAAAAACAAUAAAGUGCGUAUUGAGAUGCUGAAGUUCAUUCAGGACAUGAUAGGAGAUGUUAAGGUGGUAGUUAGACGAUUGAAUAUAAAUAACAGGCCUAGUUUAUUGAAGAAAAAAAAAUAGAAAGUUUGUAUCUUCGACAACAAAUGUAUACGACACUGAAGUCUCA